AUGCGGGAGGUUGAACCACCAACGUCCACAACGAAUAAGGCUACUUUGCCGCCAAGUAUCCUAUACUUAAGAAAUGACCAUGUCCGUCAAUUCUAUCCGCUCAACGAAGUAAUGGCUCCCUCAAUCCUGGUGGAUCAAAAUAUUGCGGUCCCCGCGACAAAGUCGCUGGACCGCGCCGUCAUCACGGCCUCUCAUUCAAACCCAUCUUUACAAGUUACCGCGGACCACAAUCUAAAGUCGGUGGAUGCACCGAUUUAUGCACCGGGGCGGGGGGAGGUGCUGGUCCACAUCAAGGCGACCGGGAUUUGUGGAUCGGAUAUUCAUUUCUGGAAGACUGGUCGCAUUGGAUCAUUGGUUUUCGAGGGAGAUUGUAUUAUCGGCCAUGAAGCCUCGGGAAUUGUUUUACAGUGUGGCGAUGAUGUUACCAACUUGAAGCCAGGUGACCACGUGGCUGUUGAGCCUGGCGUUCCUUGCGAACAUUGUUUCCUCUGCGACGACGGACGAUACAACUUAUGUGAAGAUGUUCAGUUUGCGGGGGUUUAUCCUUACGCCGGUACGAUGCAGCGAUACAAGGUGCACCCCGCCAAGUGGCUGCACAAGCUCCCCGACAACAUUAGCUUUGCCGAGGGAGCGCUUCUUGAACCACUCUCAGUUGUCAUGAAUGGCAUCACCACCGCAGGGUUGAGCCUGGGUCGUGGAGUUGUUGUCUGCGGUGCUGGCCCAAUUGGACUUGUUGCACUGGCCGCAGCUCGCGCUUCCGGUGCCCAUCCCAUUGUCAUCACUGACUUGGAACCGACACGCCUAGCUUUUGCGAAAGACUUCGUUCCUUCUUGCAUCACAUACCAGGUGGACCGGACAAAAGAUGCCCAGGGCAAUGCCCAAGCAAUUCGAGCUCUGUUUGGACCAUCAGAAUAUGCUGCACCGGAGACUGUACUCGAAUGUACGGGCGUGGAAAGCAGUGUCUGCACGGCUGCAUAUACUGCGCGACGCGGAGGUACCGUGAUGGUCAUUGGCGUGGGCAAGGCCAUCAUGAACAACCUUCCCUUUAUGCAUCUUUCUCUUGCAGAGAUCGAUCUACGAUUUAUCAACCGCUACCGUGAUACAUGGCCCCCUGCAAUUGCAUGUCUUAGUGGUGGCAUCCUUGAUUUGAAGAAGCUCAUCUCUCAUGUCUUUCCGCUGGAGAGAGCAGAGGAGGCCCUACAUCUGUGUGCUGAUGCAAAAAAUGGCAGCAUCAAAGUAUUAGUUGUGGAUGACCAGGAGGCCUCGCUAUAG